GGAGCAGGGCGGGAGAUUCGGUGUGCCCCAGCGGCGCUCCCAUCCCCCGCCCGUGUCUGGGGGUUUGGUCCUGGACCCCGCGACCCGCCUCCGGCUCCUCGCGCCAGAAUUCUGCCUGCCCCGCGGGCCGAAGCUGCCUUCCCUGCCGCGGGGAGGCGUCCGGCAGGCGCGAGGCGGCCGAGCCGCGCCGGCGGAGACAGCGGGGCGUCGUGGGCGCCGCGCAGCCCGCCUUCCUCCUGCUCCGCUCCCUGCGGGAGAGGUGACAGCCCCUGAAUUUUCCACCUGCAGAAUGUGUAGUGCCUUUAAAGGUUGGCAAUGAUGAAUAAAUUGGAGUUAAAGGAAGACAAAGUGCUGGAGGUUCGGUUUGUGGGAGAUGAUGAUGUUCUUAAUCACAUUCUUGAUAGAGAAGGAGGUAGAGCUAAAUUUAAAAAGGAGCGACCUCAACUUUUGGUCAACACAAAAAAAAUAAUAAAGAAACCGGAAUAUGAUUUGGAGGAAGAUGGCAUGGAAGUCUUAAAAGAUAAGAACUAUGUGGAAGUUUUAGGACGAGAUGUUCAAGAAUCUUUGAAAAAUGGCUCUGCUACCGUUGGUGGGAAUAAAGUUUAUUCUUUUCAGAAUAGGAAACACCCUGAAAAGAUGGCUAAAUUAGCUUCAGAACUAGCAAAAACACCAAGGAAAAAUGUGUCAUGCAGUUUGAAGAAUGAUCCUGAAAUUUUGACAAGCAUUCCUCAAUGUAGUAAGGGGAAUUCGACUUCAGAUGAAGUUCAGUUGAAGAACAAUGAUAAAAGUGAAUUUAUGCCAACAGCAACUCGUGUUCUAAGGAAAAGAUUAAUAGUCCCAAGAUCUCACUCUGACAGCGAAAGUGAAUAUUCUGCUUCCAACUCAGAGGACGAUGAAGAGGUUGCACAAGAAUUUGAAGAGGACACUAAUAAAGUCAUAUUGAGCCCGAAGACUCAAGCUCAGAAUAGAGUAGUUUCAGCUCCUGUUUACAAAGCAACACCUUCUAAGAAAAUGAAAAGAGAUAAAACAAGUGACUUAGUGGAAGAAUAUUUUGAAGCUCAUAGCAGUUCAAAAGUUUUAACCUCUGAUAGAACACUGCAGAAAUUGAAGAAAGCUAAACUGGAUCAGCAAACUUUGCAUAACUUAUUGAGCAAGGUUUCUCCUUCCUUUUCUGCUGAACUUAAACAACUAAAUCAACAAUAUGAACAAUUGUUUCAUAAAUGGAUGUUGCAGUUACACCUGGGGUUCAACAUUGUGCUUUAUGGUUUGGGUUCUAAGAGAGAUCUACUAGAAAGGUUUCGAGCCACCAUGCUGCAAGAUUCCAUUCAUAUUGUCAUCAAUGGUUUCUUUCCUGGAAUCAGUGUGAAAUCUAUCCUGAAUUCUAUAACAGAAGAAGUCCUCGAUCAUAUGGGUACUUUCCGAAACAUACUGGAUCAACUAGAUUGGAUAAUAAACAAAUUUAAAGAAGAUUCUUCUUUAGAACUCUUCCUUCUUAUCCACAAUCUGGAUAGCCAAAUGUUGAGAGGAGACAAAAGCCAGCAAAUUAUUGCACAGUUGUCAUCUUUACGUAACAUAUAUCUUAUAGCAUCUAUUGAUCACCUCAAUGCUCCUCUCAUGUGGGAUCAUGUAAAGCAGAGUCUUUAUAACUGGCUCUGGUAUGAAACGACUACAUAUAGUCCUUAUACUGAAGAAACCUCCUAUGAGAAUUCUCUUCUCGUUAAACAGUCUGGAUCACUACCACUUAGUUCCCUAACUCAUGUCUCACGAAGCCUUACCCCUAAUGCAAGGGGGAUUUUCAGGCUACUAAUCAAGUAUCAGCUGGAUAACCAGGAUAACCCUUCUUACCUAGGACUUUCUUUUCAAGAUUUUUACCAGCAGUGUCGGGAGGCAUUCCUUGUCAAUAGUGAUCUGACACUUCGGGCCCAGUUAACGGAAUUUAGGGACCACAAGCUUAUAAGAACCAAGAAGGGAACUGAUGGAGUGGAAUAUUUAUUCAUUCCUAUUGACAAUGAAACGUUGUCGGAGUUCCUGGAAAAGGAGGAGGAGGAGUCGUGAAGCUCUCCUUGGCUCCUGGCUAUUCUGUGGAAGGUUGUACUCCGGCUGCCUCGCCUCCAGUCUCAACUGUGUUUACAUCCAACACCAGACUCUUUCCAUUGAACAAGAUUUAAAAUUGGGAGGGGGAUGUCAUGAAGUAGAACCUUGAUUAGCCUGGCUAAUUAUUUCCGUCUCUAGUACUAUGAGAUUGGUCCUCAAGUUGGAGAAAAUGUGCCUUUCAUUCAUUACCUCUCUGGAGAUUCUUGCUGGAGUGAACAGUGUGCUCAGGGACUAUUUGGAACUGGAUGCUUUUAAUUUUUAUAUUAGAGGUGGUACGACUCCUGAUUCUCUAAGGGCCUUUUAACACUCCGGGCUCCUUGUUCCAGCGUGCGGAAGUACAGACACGCAUCACACAGGUCUGUUUUGCUGGUUGCUCUGAGUGUCAGAGCUGGUAAGUGAGAUGGAGAAGACUGACUGUUUCUGAACUGGCUUAACGAAAGGUAUAAAACGGGAAAACUAGGUGAUCCAGCUUUCUCCUGUAGGAUUUAAACCACAUACUGGGUGGAGGCGGGGGUGCAUGACACUUUUCAGUUGGGAGAGUGGGAAAAGCAUAACAGGUAUAUAGGGUGUAUACCCAGCCUAGAAAGCACAUGAAAAAUAUGAAACAGUUAAUGUUUGUGCCAUCAUCUUCACGAUACAAGUGAGAAGCCAGGCUAGAGAAGUACACUUCUAAGUUUUUUAGUCUUUAUUUUCAAGACAACAGAAAAUAAAAAUUUAAGUAUUCUUGUA